AUGCGGGAUGUACCUGCAGCGUCGGUGGUUCUGGCGUCCAAAUCGACCUUCUUCCGCGCUCUCUUCACCAGCGGGUUCAGUGAGACGCUGGAUCGACGGCUCGUGCACAUCCACCUGUCUGCUCAAGAGGAGCCGCUGAUGAUGGAGCUGCUGCAGUUCAUCUACCAGGGCACUCUCCCCCCCGAUACAGUCACAUCCUUUGAGCGCACACUGCAGCUGCUCCUGCUGGCAGACCGCUUCGGAGUGGACGAGGGCAUCGCCACCUGCUCCUCCCUCCUCACCUCCCUCACCUCCCUCACCUCCCUCACCUCCCUCCCUCCCCACCCCUCCUCCUCCUCCUCUGUCCCCUCUCUCCCUGCCUCUGCCUCUGCUUCCUCCACUGCUCCACCGUCCGUCCCACCCAACAGCACCAUUUCUGCCGCCACAGCAACCCUAUCUCAGCCAACAAACCCUCCAACCCCAUACAUCGCCACCACCUCUACCACCACCACCUCCUCUUCCUCUUCUUCCUCCUCCUCUUCCUCUUCUUCCUCCUCCUCUUCCUCCGCCGCCCACACUCCCUCCUCCCUCACCACUCAGCAGGCGCUACUCGCACUCUCUCUCCCGCCAUCUCUCCGCCUCAACCCACUCCUCACGCCCCUCAUCUGCGCCUCCCAGGCUUGCGUUGUGUACCGCUAUGGACCGCUCUUCAACUCCUUCCACUUCAGCACCCUUCUUUGCAACACCCUUCAUCCCAACUCCCUUCAUACCUCCUCCCUGCAGUCCAACGCCCUUCACCAAAACCACCUUCACCACAUCACCCUUCACUCCACCAACCCCCACCCAAACCAACCCGCCUCUGCAAACGAGCUCCUCACUCUCCCUGAGGCUGGCAUAAGAGCCCUCCUAGAGUCCGACGAACUACCCGUGGAUUCCGAAGAGUCUGUCUAUUGCGCCCUCAUCCUUUGGGCCCGGCACAGAUUCCCGGGCGGCGAACUGGAUUCUCGAGAAGAACAGAAUCCAGCUGGCGAAGUGGGUCCGGGCGGCGAAGUGGGGUUCUGUGGGCAGCACGCGCGCGCAGGGGCAGGGGUGGCGGAGAGGAGGGCGGCAGUGGGGAGGCUGGUGAGGGAGGUGCGGUGGGCGUGGGUGGGGGCUAGUUUUGUGCGGUCGGUGGUGGUGGGGUUGGAGGAGAUGCAGAGUGAGGAGGCGAGGGCAGUUGUGCUGGAAGGGCUGUUUGCUGCUGCUCACAGGGGGGAUGCUUAUAGGGGGGAUUCGAGCUCUGGUGUUAGCACUCACAGUGUUCAGCACUCGUGGUUACUAUCACCACCACCGUCAUUGUUCCUUCCGCAUGGCGGUUCACUUCCUCCUCUUUCUCUUCUUCCUCCUCUUCCUCCUCCUCUUCCUCCUCCUCUUCCUCCUCGUGUUCCUCCUCCCGGCAGCUUAUCGUCUGGCGCCACUUACACCACACCUCCUGCUUUCGCUAGCACAACAAGCUCCACCAUUUCCUCUUCCUCCUCCUCUUCCUCCUCGCCCUAUGCUUCCUCCUUCCACACACAUUCCUCCCUUUCCACCUCCACUUCCCACCAACAAUCACAAUCUUCACUCAUCCUUCCUCCUUCACCCAACCCCUACUCUUGGUCGUCCCCUUCACUCAACCCCCCCUCUUACUCUCCUUCCCCCGCCUCCAAUUCCUGGUCUCGCCCCCGCAACUCCUACCGCCCGCCACGCAAGUCCCUCUUCCUAGAAAUUCCCUUCAGCCAGUGCCAGGGCUGGACCCCAUCCGUCUCCUUCCAGGCAACUUCCGGCCUGUUCUGCAUUGCCGGUCGCUGGUUCACCCUUAAUGCGAAGCUGGAGUGCCAGAAGGAGCUCGGGCUGAGGUUCGGGUUGUUUCUGCGCUUAGAUAAGCACGCCACUUUUCCAGGCGUUGCUGCUGAGAGUGUGAACUGCCAGUACCGGUUCUGUGUGAAAAUGGAUCUGGGGGGGAGAGCUGAUGGGGAGAGUUGCGUUGGUGGUGGUAAUGCUACCGCCAUUCUAUCCCUCGACGAGCGCAAGAGGGACCCUCGACUUUCCUCAAGAUCACCUUUUUCGAAUUCCAACCUCAUUCUCCCUAUCCCUUCGACCCCACCGCUGCCCCCUCCCCGUCCCCCCUUCUCCGCCAGCCCGCCGUGCUGGCACUGGAGGAGCGCUAGAGGCGCGCUUGCCUGGCCGAUAUCCACCCUCACUUUACCUAUUCUCGCCACCUCCCCACUGCGUCCCCCUCCCCGUUUCCCCUUUCUCCGCCAGCCCGCCGUGCUGGCCCUGGAGGAGCGCGAGAGGCGCGCUCGCCUGGGAGGCGGACAGCAGAAGAUCGACAAGCAGCACAAGGGCGGCAAGCUUACAGCGCGGGAGAGGAUCCAAGUGCUCGUGGACCCUGGGUCGUUUGAGGAGCUCGACAUGUUGGUGCAGCACCGCUGCCACGACUUUGGCAUGGACAAGACUCACAUCCCUGGCGAUGGUACGCUCGUGUUCCUCUUCAGCCAGGACUUCACAGUGCUUGGUGGCAGUCUGUCAGAGACGCAUGCUGCUAAGAUCAUCAAGGUCAUGGAGAAAGCAAUGAAGGCUGGAGCACCUGUGAUCGGUCUGAACGACUCGGGAGGGGCGCGCAUUCAGGAGGGAGUGCACUCUCUCAGCGGCUACGCCAAGGUCUUCCAGCUUAACGUGUUGGCAUCCGGAGUCAUCCCUCAGAUCUCGCUCAUCAUGGGACCAUGCGCAGGUGGUGCUGUGUACUCGCCUGGCCUAACCGACUUUGUCAUCAUGAUGAAGGGCACGUCUCACAUGUUCGUGACGGGCCCUGAUGUCGUGCGGCAAGUGACAUACGAGGAGGUCACCCAGGAGCAACUGGGAGGGGCGGAGGCGCACACCAAGUCUGGCGUGGUGCACAUGGCCUUUGACAACGAGAUGGAUGCCCUCGCACGGGUGCGCGACCUCUUUGACUUCCUCCCUCUCUGCUUCAAGGAGCAGCCGCCCCGCCUCUCAGCUUCGGCAACUGUGUUCCCUUGUCCCCAAACCCCUCCUCCCCCCCCCCCCCGCUUCCCACCUUCCCCCCACAUAUCCUGCAGAGUGCGCGACCUGUUUGACUUCCUGCCUCUCAGCUACAAGGAGCAGCCACCCCGCUGCAUCAACUUCAGUGACAGUGUUUCCUUAUUCCCCCUCCCCCUUUCCGCCCCACCCUCUUCCCACCUUCCCCCCACAUAUCCUGCAGAGUGCGCGGCCUCUUUGACUUCCUGCCUCUCAGCUUCAAGGAGCAGCCGCCCCGCCGCAUCAACUUCAGCAACUGUGUUUCCUUGUCCCCCUCCCCCUUUCCCCGACACCCUCUUCCCACCUUCCCCCCACCUACCCCCGUGCAGAGUGCGCGACCUCUUUGACUUCCUCCCUCUCAGCUUCAAGGAGCAGCCACCCCGCUGCAUCAACUUCAGCAACUGUGUUUCCUUGUCCCCAACCCCCGUCAUGCCCCCCAUCCCCCACCUACCCCCAUCAGACAACCGUGAAGUGCCGGCACUGGAGUUUGCAGUCCCACGCGACCCCAACAUGGCAUACGAUAUGAUGGGCAUCAUCGAGAAGGUGGUGGACGCGGGUCAGUUCUACGAGCUGCAGCCUGAGUUCGGCAAGAACAUGAUUGUUGGCUUCGCUCGCAUGGACGGAGGCUCAGUGGGAGUGGUGGCAAACCAGCCUAUGGAGCAGGCAGGGUGUAUCGACAUUGAUGCCUCUGUUAAGGCGGCUCGCUUUGUGCGUUUCUGUGACUGCUUCAACAUCCCCCUCGUCACCUUCGUGGACGUGCCUGGGUUCAUGCCAGGCACGAAGCAGGAGCACGGGGGUAUCAUCCGGCACGGAGGCAAGCUGCUGUACGCGUAUGCAGAGGCCACGGUGCCUAAAGUGACUGUCAUCACUCGCAAGGCGUAUGGCGGAGCAUACGAUGUCAUGAGCUCCAAGCAUCUGCGGGGUGACGCCAACUUCGCCUGGCCCUCUGCUGAGAUCGCUGUCAUGGGCGCCAAGGGAGCCGCGGGCAUCUUGUUCCGCGGGCAGAAGGACAGGGAGGCCCAGAUGGCUGAGUACGUGGAGAAUUUUGCCAAUCCAUAUGCAGCUGCGAGUGCUGGCUUCGUGGACGCCGUAAUCAUGCCCCAGGACACGCGGAAGCUGCUGUGCCGCGAGCUCGACCGCCUCCGAACAAAGGACACGCGGAAGAUCCUGUGCCGCGAGCUCGACCGCCUCCGAACCAAGGUGAGUUUGCUGCUGCAUGUGCUGCUGGCGCUUGUGGUAGCCUUGAGGGAAUGCCAAGGUGCCAACCCAUACUCCGCUGCCAGCGCUGGCUUUGUGGACGCUGUGAUCAUGCCCCAGGACACGCGGAAGAUGCUGUGCCGGGAGCUGGACCGCCUCCGAACCAAGUCUGCAGUUCGUGUGGUUGGCUUCGUGGAUGCUGUGAUCACAGCACAGCACCCCCAGGACACACGCAAGCUGCUGUGCCGCGAAUUGGACCGCCUCAGAUCCAAGGAGCUCAAGAACCCCCCCAAGAAGCACGACAACCUUCCCCUCUAA